UCCGGCGGAGUUGCGGCGGCCGCGAGGUCCCCAGCAGUGCGGCUCCGGCGCGGAGCUGGGAGCCUCGGCCAGCGCCCGGCGCCUGCGCCCGCGACCCGCAGCCAUGGUGCCCCGGGCGCCCGGCGCGGCCCUGACCCUCUGCCUGUGGCUGGCGGCCUCCGGGGGCUGCCUGGCCGCCGGCCCCGGCGCGGCUGCGGCGCGGCGGCUGGACGAGUCGCUGUCUGCCGGGAGCGUCCAGCGCGCCCGCUGCGCCUCCAGGUGCCUGAGCCUGCAGAUCACGCGCAUCUCCGCCUUCUUCCAGCACUUCCAGAACAAUGGUUCCCUGGUGUGGUGCCAGAAUCACAAGCAAUGUUCUAAGUGCUUGGAGCCGUGCAAGGACUCGGGGGACCUGCGGAAGCAGCAGUGCCAGAGCUUCUGCGAGCCUCUCUUCCCCAAGAAGAACUAUGAGUGCUUGACUAGCUGCGAGUUCCUCAAGUACAUCCUGCUGGUGAAGCAGGGCGACUGCCCGGCUCCUGAGAAAGCCAGUGGGUUUGCUGCCGCCUGUGUUGAAAGCUGCGAAGUUGACAAUGAGUGUUCCGGGGUGAAGAAAUGUUGUUCCAAUGGGUGUGGGCACACCUGCCAGGUCCCCAAGACCCUGUACAAAGGUGUUCCCCUGAAGCCCAGAAAAGAGUUACGCUUUACAGAACUGCAGUCUGGACAGCUGGAGAUUAAGUGGUCCUCAAAAUUCAACAUUUCCAUUGAGCCUGUGAUCUAUGUGGUCCAGAGAAGGUGGAAUUAUGGCAUCCAUCCCAGUGAGGACGAUGCCACGCAUUGGCAGACAGUGGCCCAGACCACAGACGAGAGGGUUCAGCUGACGGACAUCCGGCCCAGCAGGUGGUACCAGUUCCGAGUGGCUGCCGUGAACGUGCACGGGACCCGCGGCUUCACGGCCCCCAGCAAGCACUUCCGCUCUUCCAAAGACCCAUCUGCCCCACCUGCACCGGCUAACCUGAGGCUCGCAAACUCCACCAUAAACGGUGAUGGGAGUGUGACUGUCACGGUCAUUUGGGAUGUCCCCGAGGAGCCGGACAUCCCUGUGCAUCACUACAAAGUGUUCUGGAGCUGGACAGUCAGCAGCAAGUCUCUCAUUCCAACGAAGAAGAAGCGGAGAAAGACUACAGAUGGGUUUCAAAAUUCUGUGAUCCUGGAGAAACUUCAGCCCGACUGCGACUAUGUCGUGGAGCUGCAGGCCAUAGCAUACUGGGGCCAGACACGCCUCAAGAGUACCAAGGUAUCCCUUCAUUUCUCGUCCACGGGUGCAGCCAGCAACAAAGAACAGCUUGGGAAAAGCAGAAAAGGUGGGAUUCCAAUGCAGCCCCCUUUUCAAAGAAGACGGCCGACCCGCCCGCUGGAGGUCGGAGCUCCGUUCUUUCAAGACAACCAGCUGCAGGUCAAAAUCUACUGGAAAAAGACAGAAGAUCCCAGCGUCAAGCGGUAUCACGUGCAGUGGUUUCCAGAAGUGUGCGCCCACAACAAAACGACCGGAUGGGAGACAUCCUCCGGCAUGACCCACGAAAAUUAUAUAAUUCUCCAAGAUCUGUCCUUUUCCUGCAAAUAUAAGGUGACUGUCCAACCCAUGCGGCCAAAGGGUCACUCGAAGGCAGAAACGGUGUUCCUCGCCACGCCACCUUGCUCCGCUCUUAAGGGGAAAAGCCACAAGCAUGUCAGUUGCCCCGGCGACGCGGGUCAUGCGCUUCCCAAAGUGCUAGCCAAGCCGGAGAACCUUUCUGCUUCCUUCAUCGUCCGGGACUUUAACAUCACGGGCCACUUUGCCUGGAAGAUGGCCAAGGCCAAUCUCUAUCGGCCCAUGACUGGAUUCCAAGUGACGUGGGCCGAGGUCACCACCGAGAGCAGGCAGAACAGUUUGCCCAACAGCAUCAUCUCACAGUCGCAGAUCCUGCCCUCAGAUCACCAUGUCCUAACAGUGCCCAACCUGAGGCCAUCCACCCUCUAUCGAUUGGAAGUCCAGGUGCUGACCACGGGAGGGGAAGGGCCGGCCACGGUCAAGACCUUCCGGACGCCGGCCCUCCCGCCCUCAUCGGCACACCGAGCCCACCUUAAACAUCGUCACCCACAUCAUUACAAGCCUUCUCCAGAAAGAUACUAAACUGGUCAAAGAGAGUUUUAAAAAUUGCAUGGAUGUGUAAGCUUGCUGGACUUCAGCCACUAGGCACCCGCUCUUCUAGAAGCAGUAGGAACUUCCCAGAGGCCCCGACUCUCCCGUGUACCUGUCGUGCAGUAAGUUCUUCUGGCAGUCGCAGAUGCAUCUGGAAACAAGUGACCAGUAGUCAACUGGUGAAGGUGAACCAUAGUCCCCUAUCAGAAUGGAGAAAAUGAAGACUAGGCCUAUUUAACUUUAAAUUGUGUUUCCAUAUAUGGCUUUGCUCAUCUCUAUUGAGUUAUUUCAGAACUGAGAUUUCCCUGAAUUUGGAGCAGCAGUUCUCAAAAGGAAGUAGUGUAACACAUACACAAUUCAUGCAUACACCAAGCAUCAAUUCAAUCAAUAAAAAUAUAUUUUUGAUUAAAUGAUGUAUUUGAUUUGAAAGAUCAACUAAGAUUACACAGCACUAUGUAUUCAAAUCUUUUAUAAGAUCUUUUUUAUCCUGGGUGAAUUUUUUUUAACUGAAAAUUUGUAACCCAAAAUAUACCAAGGAAUUCAAAUCUAAAAAUGCUCCCACUUUACGCGUGCUAUGCUACUUUUUAUAAAAGGCAAAUGAAAGUUCAAUCUGUAAAUUACGAUUUACAAAAGACACUCAAGCCAAGGAGACUCGAUGAAUUAAAAGCUGCUAACCAGAUUUUGCCUUGGAGAAAUGAAAAUUCUUUUCUGGGAAUGCUUUUUAAUAUUUCAUCCUAUAACAUGAGAGAUUUUCCUGAUGUGUUAUCUUAUUUAUAUUUUCCUUUAUUUUCUUCCCUGAAGAAUAGCACCUUUUGGUACACUUUCUUUUUUUCUUAACCACCUGAAAAUUCACAAAACCUCUUGCUUCAAAUGAAAGAAUCCCAACUAUUGAGCAUUUUCGGAUCUUUACGGAGACUUGCCUUUUCUUGAUCAAAGUAAGCUAAUUGUAUGCUAAAAUAUUCUCAGCAAUGCAUUAAAAAAGGGCUUUCAUUGAUAGAGAAGGGUGAUUAUUUGCCUUUAAUUAACCUACAGUCUUUCAAAUCUAUUAUACCUUAUUGUUUCAAAAAUUUGUUGUGUUCCAAACUACCCCCUGUAGCAUGAAUUUAAGUCAAAACAUGUUCUCAAUAUGUGUGUUUCAGUGGAUAUUGGAGCAACCUAAAGCACACAGAUGUUUAGUUUAACAUCGUUUUUUUCUUGAAGAAAUACUCACAUACAUGGUUUGAAAUACACAUAGAUAUAUGUCUUUAUACUUAUAAAUGUGCAUAUAUAUACAAAUAUAUAUACAUAUAUGUAUACACAGAGACACAUGUAUGUACAUGAAUAUAUGUUGAGUAUGAAUCACUGAAAAAAUUGUUUUCAUAGCUCACCAGUGGUGGAUAAAGAUAUAGUUCUUCUAAAGGUCACAAGGAUAAUAUAUUUUCCCCAUCAAUGCUGAUUCUAUGAGAAAAGAGUAAUUUAUCAAAAUUAAACACUAUGAACGAAAGUCUUCCUCGUUUCAUUAUCUACCUAGUUACAAUGGGAAGAAAAUCAGUAAGGUUGUUCUUAGAUUUUGAUGGUGGGACUUGGGUCCUUGUUGUUUGAUUGUUUCCUGAAUGCGUGCAGACGCCUGACCAUUCCUGGGGACCGUGGGCCAGUCAGAACUCAUUGACCCCAUGAGACUGGUCUCUAAAGGCAGAUGCAAAAUAAAAUGUGGGGAAACUAUGAAGUCCAUGCGUAUCUUUGGGAAACACAAGCUAUAAACAGAGACACCUGAUAAUAGAUAUUGAGACUUGUCUCCUGUGUGUUACAAUGAUUUAAAAGUAAAUAGUGCAGGAAUGUUGCUUUGUACAAGUAACGUAAAUUGGAAAUCUCAGAAUGGAAGUUCAUGUUGGUUCUGAAUGGUUUUCUGGGGCUCUCAUCACAGGCUGGAAUGGACGUAAUCACAGUGUGGUGGGAAAUCGCCCAGUUCCGAGAACUUUGAAUAGAGAGAACAGGAACAGCCUUCAUUUAAAAACACCCCCAGCUUGAGCAAGCUGGUGCCAUAGACAUCAUCUCUCUGAAACUAUGCUUUAUUCUAGGGCCACUACCAGCAUCUGAAUUGCAAGUGCUUAAAAUUUCAGAAAUGAAAACUUUUCAUUAUUGGCUACACAUUUACCUUUUAUAUGAAUUGGUCAUGAACAAAUCCAAAUAUUUAUACCAGCCAAUUUUCGUACUGAUGUAUAGUUAGAAAUAUGGGAGUAUAUACAUAGAUACAAAAUAUUAUUAAAUUAUUAUAAAAAAUUAAUUGUAUAAAAUUUAAUUAUGUUUUUCUGUCUGGGUAAUGGACAUUGAAGAAAUAAAUAUAUUUUUUAGUUCAGACAGUGGUUCUGAAGCUCACAUCAUCCUUACAAAAUCUAAAGCCAUUCUUAUAAGCUUCUGAUUUUGCUGUAAUACUUAAUAAUUUAAACUUUGUUAGUGUUAUUGGAAGAAAAAUGCUAUUAAUAAGGUAAUAAAAACAUAAGUUUCUUUUACUAAUUUUAAUAAUCUCCAAUAAUAUUCAAAUGAUCAAAAAUGUAGUUACAAAUUUGUGAAUUUUAAAAAUGUGAGUGCCCUAAUAAAAUGAUAAAAAUCUGUGUUUUUUUUCUCCAAAAACAUAAUUUUGGUGCCUAAUUCUCUAAUAUGUUUUAUUGAAAUUAGAUGCAUUUCUCUAACAUGAGGAAAAUAUAUCCAGCGAUAGUAGUGACUGUUUAGGAAAUUGAGGUCAGCAAAAGUAUGGUCACCAAAUGCAGGCGGUUAACCCCCCACAGGCUGCAGCUGCAGGCAUUGUCUUUAUUUACAACAUUCGCGCCUUUGUGAUACGUUUAUCUGUGCUACCCUCUUUUUCUAAAUAGAACGCUACAGAACGAUGUUUGCAAACCAACGUGUGCCCUUUCAAGUCAUUCAUUGUUUUAAUAUGACAUAUUAGAGAAGAUAAAGUUGAUAACAGUUAAUUUUUUGAAACGUUUGUUAAACAAAGUUCAAAGAUUAAAAAUACACCUCUGUCCUAGAAACCUCAGAACACGUAACUGACUCUAUAGAGCAGGUUCUCUCAGCUCAGCACCGCUGACCUCUGUGGCUGGGUACAUCUCAGCCGUGGGUGGCUGUCCCACGCACCGUAAGGUGUUUGUCAGCAUCCCUGGUCGCCACUCAGCAGAUGCCCAUUGUCCCCUCCCCUGAGUUGCAACAACCAAAAAUGUCUCCAGAUAUUGUCAACUGCCCCCUGGGGUAUAAAAGUACCCCUGGUUGAGAACCACUGCCAGAGAUUGAUCAUUACUGAAUGGACGAGAAUUUUCCCUUUACAAGGAACCCUAUAAAUUGUAGGAAAAAGCCCCAAGAACUACAGGACAGCCAAGAAGUUAU